AUGAGUGCCAAAGUUCCACGAAACUUCCGUCUCCUGGAGGAGCUUGAGAAGGGCGAGAAGGGUCUGAGUGCAGGUACGAUUGAUGCCUGCUCGUACGGUCUCGCUGAUGGAGAGGAUAUGAUGAUGAGCAACUGGAAUGGCACCAUCCUAGGACCUCCCCACAGCGUGCACGAGAACCGCAUAUACAGCGUGAACAUCCACUGUGGACCCGAGUACCCCGAUACCCCUCCCACCGUCCAAUUCGUCUCCCGUGUCAACCUCCCUUGCGUUGACCCAAGCUCUGGAAAGGUCGACCCGACCAAGUUCCCAACUCUGGCAACGUGGAAGCGAGACUACACCAUGGAGACUGUCCUGAUCGAAUUGAGAAGGAAUAUGGCCUUGCCCCAGCACAAGAAGCUGCCCCAGCCCGAGGAGGGCUCAUCGUUCUAA